CCUAUCAUGGCCUUUAAUCUCACUGCCAAAGUGCUGUCCGCUCUUCCCAGCGAUUCUUCCCCAAUUCUCAUCCCAACCACGAGCGCACCAUGCCGCCGCCGCCGCCGCUUGUCGACGACGUCAUCGCCGAGAUCCUCCUCCGCCUCCCGCCGGACGAGCCCGAGCACCUCAUCCGCGCCGCCCUCGUCUGCAAGCCCUGGCUCCGCAUCAUCCGCGACCCCGGCUUCCGCCGCAGCUACCGCGACCUCCACGGCGCCCCGCCCCUCCUCGGCUUCCUCCACCGCCUCAUGGUGUUCCAAGGGGACCCGCCCGCCCGCUUCCCCUCCACCACAUCAAUGCCGGAGUUCCCGCACCCGGGUUCCGGCGGCCGCCGCACGCGCCCCCUCGACUGCCGCCACGGCCGCGUCCUCAUCCACAUGCUGCCGGGAUUCCUCGUCUGGGACCCCGUCACCGGCGACAAACACCACCUGCCGCCCGAGCCGGAGGAAAUCGACUGGCUCAUCUACUCCGCCGUGGUUUUCUGCGCCGCCGACGGCUGCGACCACCUCGACUGCCGCGGCGGCCCCUUCCGCGUCGUCUUCGCGGCCACCCACGAGGACAAGGACAUCAUACUUGCCAGCGUCUACUCAUCAGAGACCGGUGAGUGGAGCUCGCCAGUAUGCCUCGACAACACCUGUGAAAUCUACGCCCGGCACACCCGAGAGGCGCGUGCAGAUGGACCCAUGGGACGCUUCUACACGCCCUAUGUCCAGCCGAGGCGAGGCGCCCUUGUCGGAGAUGCAGUCUACUUCACUGUCCGGCGGGGCAACGCAAUCGUCAAGUACGACCUGGGAAAGGACCGCUUAUCCAUGAUUGACCCGCCGCAACAUUGCUUGGUGCACGGCAUUGCUAUCACGGGGGUGGAGAACUGCACUUCACUGGGCUUUACCUGCAUUCAGGGUUCCACCCUUCAUACGUGGGCAAGGAAGGUGGAUGCACAAGAAACUGCAGAAUGGGUACAAUACAGGGUCAUCGAGUUGGAGAAAACAAUGCCUGUUACCAAUCCUGAAGACGAACGAUCUGUGGUCGGCUUCGCAGAGGGUGUGGAUGUCAUCUUCGUUUGCUCAGGUGCUGGCUUAUUCAUGAUCAAGCUCAGUUCUGGGCAGGUUAAGAAGGUUGAUGAGCCCGGAGAAUACUUUAGCGUGCUGCCCUACAUGAGCUUCUACCUUCCAAGCAAUAGUGGUGGACAUGAUGCAACUGAUCUUCCGCACAAUACUUAAGAGGACUUUCUGUCGUGAUGUACUGGUUAGGCAGAGUAAAAAAUGGCAGUAAUUUUGGAUCGAAGGAGGUAUCAAUUAGUAAGAUGAGACAGGGUCCCUUGCCUGAGGCUUUUACCUCAAGAAGUUGAUAAAAUUCGUUUUGUUAGUGACUAGCUAGCUCGUACAUUUCUGUAAGUUAGCUAUGAGCUAGCAAGAAUUUAUGAUUUCUACUCCAGGAGACCCUCUUUUGGUCUGUACUCAGACUAGUGUAGCCAAAAUCUUACAAUAGUUGGAGUCGAAAGUGUACUACCAGACUACAAAUUACCUACUGCUGUUCUCUGUUUCCGUUGAUUUUUUCUAAUACUGCUUAGUCAGUUCAACUUUGGAGCUUUUGGCACAAUUUCCAAAAAUUGUGAAGCUAAUGUUUUCUCUUUGAGUCAUACAGAAAUUGUGAACUCUAGUUUCUUUGGCUGACGAUAUUACUUUCU